AUGCGCGGCGCCGCCCGCCCGCUAGUGGGCGAACGCCGCGUCUCCGCCAGCGUCGACUCGCUGCAGCUGCGACGGAAGAGCUACACCUACAGGAUGACGGCGGGGACGGCGGCGGGGGCGGGGGCGGCGGUCGCCGGCGAGGGCGCGCAGGCGUCGCCCGUCGCCACGCGCGCCUACUUCGCGCUCAAGAUUAUCGAGCUGGUGUUCGGCAUCCUGAACGUGGGGCUGGUGGUGGACCCGUUCCGGGUGAUUCCCGAGACGGACGUGGUGCACGCGUGCCUGGCGCUUGUCGCCUUCAGCAGCGUUAUCAUCGUGUCGUGCGUGCUGCUCAUCAGCCGGCUGGCGCGCGAGCCUGUGCCAGUGCGCGCGACGCUGCUGUUCCUACUAGUUAACGGCUGCCUGCUGGUGGCGGCCGGGGGCGUGCUGCUGGCCGACUGGUGCCGCAUGUACUACCGCAUCUACAACCUCCAGCCGAAGCUGUACCUGGAUAUGAUGAUCGCGAGCGGCAUUAUCGCCAUCUUCAACGCGGCCGCGCACUUCGUCGACGUGGGGCUGACGGUGGCGCUCUCAUGAAGCGAGGCGCUCAAACGCGCUCAUCCUACGAUGCUGCUACGACGCGGUAUUCAACUUUCACACGUGACUUAUUCCAAAGCAAAACUGCUGUGAGUGAGAACGGAAAUUCAAACUGUAACAGCGCUCCGGCAGUGGUCCAGAAUAUUGAAACGUCGGAGCAGGUUCUUGUUGCUCCAAAAGUAGUGCGGAAACAAGCGGCUAAUCACAUUCCCAUAAACUACAACGUGUGCGUGUGAAAAUUACUACGCUGAUAUAGUGUCGCUAAAGAGAGCACGAGUGCAAACGCACCAAACACACCAUCACCAAUAAGCCUCUUAAAAGUCGAAUUGCAGUGAUUUUUCUUUCAUUUAACGUAUGCACGUGUUUUAUCUCUUCUACACACGGCGUGCCAAUUCCACACAAAACUCUCUGGAAGGUAUAAAAAACAUUAAAUUUAACGACUGAACAUGAUAUCCAUCUUCGGUUAAUAAGACCCAAUAAACUAAAUACAACCAUAACACUUGAGUGGGUGGCCCAAGCGGCUCUGCAGACGAGUGAGCUUCUGUAAUGAGUUUGCAUUUCAAGAUUUUUUAUUUUAUUUUAUUUUUUUGAAAAUGCAUCUGCAAUAUUUUUGAGAGUUUCAAUCAAACAUCUUGAACGCAUUUCAAAAUA